GGGGCGGGGCGGUGCCGCCCCUCACGGCGGAAGGGGCGGGCGACAGCGUGGUGGCGGCAGCGUGGUACCGCGAUGGGCCGCAAGAAGAAGAAGAAUGGUGCAGGCGGCAGAGAGGGUCGGCUGGUGGUGACUUUUGACGAGGACAGGCGGAGGGAGUACCUGACCGGCUUCCACAAGAGGAAGGUGGAGCGGAGGAAGGCGGCCCUGGACGAGAUCAAGCGGAAGCUUAAGGAGGAGCAGAGGAAGCUGAAGGAGGAGAGGCACCAGGAGUACCUGAAGAUGCUGAGCGAGAGGGAGGAAGCGCUUGAUGAGGCUGAUGAACUCGAGCACUUGGUGACAUCACGCACAGAGUCUGUGAACAUCGACCACCCGAAUCACAUUGUAACCGUGACCACCAUCAGUGACCUGGACCUCUCCGGGGCACGCCAGCUGGGAUUGACCACACCUGUGGGCAAGAGUGAUGAAUCAAAAGAAGAGAAAGGAGAAGAGGUGGUGAACAAGCCUGUAAAAGCAAUGCCCAAGAAGUCCAGAAACCCUUUCCUGUCUGAAAAGAUCUCUGCUCUUACUGCCACGCUGCACAUGCGCAGCCGGAAAAAGAGAAAAGGAAAGAGACUCCAACGUGGGCAAGGCCCACGCAAGAAAAUCCAGAAAUCCGGCACGGGGCGGACCACUAAGACUCAGCGGCGGAGGCUGACGGGCAAAAUGAGCCGUGAUCAAGAUUGAUGAAGGAACUAGUGCUCAGCCCAGCAGCUGGGACAGUGCUCCACAUCUGGCCGGCUGCUCUCUGGGACCCUUUCACUGUGGGCAAGGGCCUUGUUGACUUGGCUCUCUGACCAGCAGUGAGCCCAGAUCACUUUUCCUCUCCCCUCCUGAGCUCCAGUCAGGGUGACUAUGGACACUCUACCCAUGUGUUUCCAAGUGAACUCCAGCUACUAAGUGCCUGGGUGCCAUGGAGUCUCUAAAAACUUCUGCUGGGAUCACACUGUCUGUUUGGCAUGACCCUUCUGUCCUUGAGCCUCACCUUCCAGAGCUGACACCUGGCUUUAUCAAAGGAGAGGAUCUGGGGCAGAGUGCAACAGGCACAUGGUCGUGGCAGUUUAAGAGGCUUGGAAGAGCUCUGGUUCCACUCUUGCGCAUCAGUGCCCUGGCUUUUCUCCUGUGCAGUAAAUCCUUUUUCCAUAGGGGUGGGGUGUCAUCUUGUCUCAUGUGUUUCUUCUCCAGUGCCGCACUUGAAUGCAGGGGUACUCUUUGUUUGCUACCUGUGCCAGGUGGAAUUUGGUAACACUGUGACUAAAUCUUUAUUAAGUCAUUUUGCUAAGAAAAAAAAAAACACCCACUUGUGUCUUAUUUGAACUGUAACAGCAACUGUGCUAAGGCCAGUACCAGUUGGAAAGGGGGGAGAUAGUUCCUGGUUCUUAAAGGAUAUUGAAAUCCACUGGUGCUUGGGAAAUGGAGCUAUUUCUGUUGUGCCAAGCCAUCCAGAGCAGGAAUGGCUCAUUCCAUUGUCUGCUGAAUGUGCCGAUCUUAAUUGCGAUAGCUCAGAGGAGUAUGAAAUGCCCUAAUGCCCUUGUUGUAUGUGUGUGGCCCUCUCUGGGAUGGGAGUGGCAGAGGCUGCCCUUGCCCUUUACCUCAGGGCUGCUGCAGUCAGCAGGAGUUAAUUGCCUUUCUUCUUCGGACUUCAGUAUAUGUUUUUUAGCAUGGAUGCCUUCAGCAGGAGGGGAAAAAAAAGAGUUUGCAUGGUUUGGGUUAAGGAAUACUGGUGGCAAAACUGAGUGAAUCCUCUGAGGAGAAGAGCAAGCCUAGGCAGCAUGCUGGCCUCUAUUCUGGAGUAUCUGUAGGAGAUGGUGGCCAUUCUGCCCCUGUCAGCCUCCGCCCAUGCCACAUGUGUACUGGCAAGGAAAUGACAAAGGAAGAAAAGGCUUGUGUGGCCAAAACCCCCACCAGAAAACUGGCAACCCAGCAAUGGGAGAGUACAUAUGUUCCUCAUGCCAGAAGUGGGAGGGGAAAGAGCAAACCAGUGCUUGAGGCUUCAUGGAGAAACAUCAGAGCAAUGCUGAUGGCCACCAGCCACUAAAGCUAACUGCAGCCUGGUGGAUCUCUCCAACGUUUCUUGGACCAUGUGCACACUGAGUGUUGAGAAGGGUACAAUCUCAACGCUGACAGCAGCCACACAAUUUCUGCUGGAGCAUCUUCCUCUGGAGGGAACUGGGUGGCAUGCAUGUGAAGCAGGGGGUCCCUUUGUACCUCCCUUCUGGAGGUGAAUGGUGGGAAAGUGGAUACUGUUUUAUCCCAUGUGCCUUGCGUGCUUGGACUCUUGAGUCCUAUACUGAGCUGAGUUCUUAAGCGCUAAUGUGGAAUAACCUCAGUCACAUCAUGAAAAUGCAGUGUAUGUGGUCCCCUCGCCUCCAAAAUAGUUUUGGUACAUUGCCUUAAAGGCUGCUCCAGAAUGCACAUUAAGCCCAUGAGCUGUGUUACCCGGCCUUCCUGUCUUGCCUUGAGGUGUUGGCUGUUUCAGAGCUGUGAAAACAACUCCAAGGCAAGGCCAAAAGUCUGAUGCUCGGCUGGAUUUCAUCCAAAGUGUCCAAGAGGAUCAUAAAAGCAUUUCUCCUUGUGGUUUGGUAGUUAAUAUGCUCUAGAGCUAUUGUGUGGUUGUUGGGUUUGAGAGGGGUGUAGGAGGGAAGGAGAGGGAAAUUCUGCUUAGAAUGGUGUGCCAAAGGGACUGUAGCUCAAAGCUGGAGGACAUUGUGUGACAUCCUUUGUAUGGGUCAUACAGCACCUUUCCCUUCAGACAUUCUGCCUUCUGGAAUAAAUGUGGGCAGGUGACUUUUGCUUCCCCACCCCAAGAGUUUGCUCUGGAGCUGGGAUGGCCAUUGUAAAGGAAAUGUACAGUCUGUGUGUUUGUGACAUCUCUGGAAGUGUGGUGGGAACUGUGGAUUACUUGCCUUCCACAGCCUGUAGGCAGCCUGGCACAUAAGGACAACACUAGAUUGCCUCAUUGUAGUCCUGAUGGGGUGAUAAGAGGGACAUCAACAGCACUUCAGUGUCAUUUGGAUGCCAGGUGAUUUACAAGAAUCUUUCUUUUAGGUUGCUGUAUUCCUGGCCCUAAUAACGUCUGAGCCUUUCUCAAGUGUCAGGUGUCCCCUCUAAUCACCAGCAGCCUCUUCCAUCUUCUGAAAGCUUCCAGUUCCUGCUGUUAGGUUUUCACAUUAAGAAACCAAGGCAUAUGGAAAAACUGAGAACAGAACUGUUACAUCCUAGGCCAAGUUAACCAUCAGGAUUGUUCACUGCAGUAUUGAUUUCUCCAUUUGAUCGAUUAAAGCUUUAUUUGGUGAUGUAAA